UCUGGCGGCUGGAGGCGGAGUCCGGGUGGUGGUGGCCGGAGGUUCGAUUUAGAUCCUUGUGGCUCGGCCCCGGCUUUGCCGUGCACGGCUUCGUCAUGGCUGAGGUAAAAGUGAAGGCACAGCCGCCGGAUGCCGACCCGGUCGAAAUAGAAAACAGGAUUAUAGAAUUAUGUCAUCAAUUUCCUCAUGGGAUUACAGACCAAGUUAUUCAGAAUGAAAUGCCUCAUAUAGAAGCUCAGCAGAGGGCCAUGGCCAUCAACAGACUCUUAUCUAUGGGACAGUUGGAUCUCUUGAGGAGUAAUACAGGUCUUCUGUAUAGAAUAAAAGAAUCUCAGAAUACUGGUAAAAUGAAGGGAUCAGAUAACCAAGAGAAGCUAGUAUAUCAAAUCAUAGAAGAUGCCGGAAACAAAGGUAUUUGGAGCAGAGAUAUUCGAUAUAAAAGUAACUUGCCAUUAACAGAAAUCAACAAAAUACUAAAGAAUUUGGAGAGUAAAAAGCUUAUCAAAGCUGUUAAAUCUGUUGCAGCCUCAAAGAAGAAGGUUUACAUGCUAUAUAAUUUACAACCUGAUAGAUCAGUAACUGGUGGAGCCUGGUAUAGUGACCAAGAUUUUGAAUCUGAAUUUGUAGAAGUUCUAAACCAACAGUGUUUUAAAUUCUUACAAAGCAAGGCAGAAACAGCUAGAGAAAGCAAACAGAACCCCAUGAUACAAAGAAACAGUUCAUUUGCUUCAUCUCAUGAAGUAUGGAAAUAUAUUUGUGAACUAGGCAUUAGUAAGGUGGAAUUGUCCAUGGAAGAUAUUGAAACAAUUUUGAACACACUUAUUUAUGAUGGCAAAGUGGAAAUGACCAUCAUUGCUGCCAAAGAAGGUACAGUUGGCAGUGUAGAUGGACAUAUGAAACUGUAUCGGGCUGUUAGUCCAAUCAUACAGCCUACUGGCUUAGUUCGAGCACCUUGUGGACUCUGUCCGGUUUUUGAUGACUGCCAUGAAGGUGGUGAAAUUUCACCAUCAAAUUGUGUAUAUAUGACAGAGUGGCUGGAAUUUUAAUAGUAAAAUAUGCAUUCUUCUCACAUUUUAUAAAUGCAAGAAGAAAUGAAGUUACUUUGAAAGCCAAGAAUUAUAUUUAUCAUGAAAUAUUUAAGUUGGUUAAAAGCAAACUUCACUAAAAAAUAUAGACUUCCUGCUAUGAGGAACAUAUUGAUAUUUAUAAAGAUUAAAAAUUCUGAUAUAUAUUGAUAAGGGGCCAAAAGUCCAUGUGGUACCUAUUAGAGAUUAACAGCAAAAGCAUUCCUUCUACUAAUAAAGGACCGUCAAAAUAGAAGGAAUUCGCCUACCAAGCUGUAAAGAAGGAUUAUUUUUGAAUGAUUUUUAAGAAGAAAACUAAACUACAAAAUAAUUCUGAAUUUGCCAAGGACAAAGGUAAUAAAAGGAACUGGAAAUUUUCCCUUCCUAUAUGGUUGCUAGAGCCAAGGAAUUUUAAGCUGACUAAUGCAGAAACUGUAAAAAAGCAUUAUAUCUGCCUCACUACCAGUAUUAUUGGUACUUAUCAUUACCUUAUCAUUUGAGCAAGAAAUUGAAAGCUUCCCAGAUGAAAAAGCUUAAAGGUAAGUAGCAGCAGCAACAGCAAGGACAACAAAUGCAGACUAGGUGGAUAUGUGAAAAGGUUAGACAUUGGAACAUCAUGGAACAGAAAAGCAACUGAAAAAUACAGUUUGGCAAGAACAGUACAAAUUUUGAAGAUACAAAAAGAAAGAGGAGAUGGGUCCUGCCUUCAAGGAACUCAUGCUGUCAUGUAGACAGCAUAUAAGAGAGAAUUCAGUUUCAUGGCAGGUGAAAAGGCUGUUAAGUCCAGCUGACAAAACAGCAGGGGCCGAUGGUAAGACUGCGAAUCUUAGGGAGCAAUGACAGGACAGAUAGUCCUCAACCAGUGACUGUUGGGAAGGGGAUAGUUUGAGUGGGCCCAAAGGUUAAAGUGUCUGUGUUAUUUCCAUCCAAGAAGGGGAUGGGAUGUUGACAUCCAGCAGAAAAUGGAUAUCUACUGCUUGGUGGGAGCUUAGGAAUUGGACAUUUGUGAUUAAGUUGGGAAUGAGGAAAGGUU